CGUCCCUAUUCCCACUCCUCUCCAUCCAUCAUACCGUCAAUCAGCGACAACAUCCGACAAGAUGGCCAAGUCCAAGAACGCGUCUCAGCACCACAACAGCCAGAAGGCUCACCGUAACGGUAUCAAGAAGCCCAAGACCAACCGUUACCCUUCCCUCAAGGGUGUUGACCCCAAGUUCCGCCGCAACCACCGUCACGCUCUCCACGGCACCAUGAAGGCCCUUAAGGAGCGCAAGGAGGGCAAGCGUGAGGUCGCAUAGAUUAUGAACUCAGUCUAAAAAAAUGGGAAACAUGAAAUGCAACUCGAGCGUGCAAGAGGUCCAGAGAACAUAACGUGUGCUACGAUCAAGGACGGUCCGCUGUGUCGAAAAGGCCUGGUGU